AUGGCACAACUUCCUCAGAAGCUGCCUUUCGAGGAGGGAGCCUCAGAAAUCUCAGAUUUGUAUGAAGAAGCAAUCAAGGCAACGAUUGCGCAGUGCCACUUGGUACAAAAUGGAAAAGUUCUUGCUGCCAUUGAAAAGCAAUGGAGGCAUGCGCUUCGCAAGAAACAGGUCGAGCUCAGUCGGGCUGCUGCCUCGACCAGUCAAACAGGAUUGAAGACCCCUCCGAGCGCCUCCACUGGCGCUUCUGCUGCUGCUUUUGAGGGUGGAGCGUCGUCUUCCCUCCCGGGGAAUACGAGGGAGCAAGCCGCCACUCGUUGGCUACACGCCUGCUUCCAAAGCCUUCAACGUAGGGCGGUGCAUAAGGGGUCACCUGCUUUUUUCGGUGUGUUUGUGGUCAGCGCAACCGCUCGAGCAGCAUCCGAGCCGCCGUCAAGAGCCACUGGGGCACCACGUGCCUCUGAGACUUCAGAGCCUAAAAAUGAGGGCGAAGACGAAGGCGACGAUACAGACGAAUUUGAAGACGCGGAAGUUGACGCAGCAGAGGAGGGCCCUCCAGUCUUGGGGGUGCCUCAAGGCCCCCUAUGUGCGCUUCGGAAUCCCACAGAUGAGGGAGGGCAGCCCGAACCGCGAGUGGCUGCGACUGCAUCAACAGGGGGAGGAGUCGAGGGUAGUGUCACGGCAGCAGCAGUAGCAGCAGCCCAGCCUCCUCAUGCCACAGAGAACGCCUCGCAGCAAACCAAAGAAUCGAAGUCCUUGGAUCAAGAAGACAGCGGUAAGCGGUUCCCAUCCCCUAAGAGCGGGGCUCCUGGCCGCUCUCGACGACUCUGGAUGCAGGACGAUUUCGCUCUCUAUCCGUUUGCUAAUUCAGAUGAAGACAGAGAAGAGGGCUUCGGACUAUCGGUUGACGAUGUUUCUGACCUCGACGACGCAGAACCCCAAACCACCGAUGGGAUUUUCGGCUUCUUUGAGAAGGUCGAGCGGUCGACUGCUGGCGCAUCUCGACGGUCAAGCAAAUGGAAAGUUCUUUUGCGACACGGAAUUCUUCGGGUUGGCGGCCGAGAGAUCCCCUUUGAUCGAUUUAACGGGGAAUUUUUGUUCUGA